AUGGCCAGCACACUCCUUGCCCUGCUGGCCACGGCGGCCGCGGUGUCGGCGCAGGGGGGCGCCAACCAGGCGCCGGCCACAAACUGUGCCGCCCUCAAAGCACCCACCGUCGGCAAUGCCACCGUUGUCUCGCUCCAAGCGGCGACCCGCAAUGCCGUCCCCGUGCGCGCCACCAACGGCACCCGUCUGACCGUGUCGCUGUGCGACGUCAACGUCACCCUGACGCACGGCAACACGCGCGACCGCGUGCGCGUGCAGGUGUGGCUGCCGUUGGGCGAGGGCAGCGAUGGUGCCGCGUCCGCGUCCGCGUGGAACGGCCGUUUCCAGGCCACCGGCGGCAGCGGCUUCCAGGCCGGCCUGUUUGACGCCGCCCUGGGCCCGGCCGUGGCCGACGGCUACGCCGCCGCGUCGACCGAUGCCGGCGUGGGCACGAUGGGCAGCUUCCCCGUGCAGGCCAACACCACGUCGGCCCUCACGCAGCAGCUCUUCACCAACUUCGCCAGCCUGUCCGUGCACGAGAUGGCCGUCGUGGGCAAGGCCCUCGUCGAGCAGCUGUACGGCAAGCCCGCCGCCCACUCGUACUUUACCGGCUGCUCCACCGGUGGCCGCCAGGGGUACAUGGAGGCCCAGCGGUACCCGGCCGACUUUGACGGCAUCCUGGCGGCGUCGCCCGCCAUCAACUGGGACCGCCUGCUGGCCGCCAUGCUGUGGCCGUUUUCCGCCCUGCAGCAGCAGUUCCCGCUCCAGCCGGACGGCUCCGGCACCGAGGUGCCGCCGUGUGUGCUGGAUGCCUUCCAGGGCGGCGUGGUGAGCGCCUGCGACGCGCUGGACGGCGUGACCGACGGCAUCGUGACGCAGCCGGGCGCCUGCAAGUUCGACCCGACCACGCUCGUCGGCAAGGCGGUCGCCUGCUCGUCGGCACAAGGUGGUGGCGGCGGCGGUGGCGGCGGCCAGCGCGGCCAGAACGGCAGCGCGACGUCCGUCACAAUCACAAAUGCCCAUGCCGCCGUCUUCUCCAAGAUCCUCGCCGGCCCAGCGUCGCCCGACGGCAAGGCCCUGUGGUACGGCCUGCUGCCGGGCGCCUCGCCCACCACGCUCGCGUCCACCACGCAAAACGGCACCGCCCCUUUUUCGCUCGCUGCCACCUGGCUCAACAACUUUGUGCUCGCCCUCAACGACCCCCGGAGCAACUUUUCGUCGUUUGGGGCCUCGAUGCCGGCGGCCCGCAAUCGCCUCGCCAAAAAGAGCGCCGACACCACUGCCGUUGCCAAUGUCCAGGCUUACACCAACAUCUUCCAGCAGUCCCAGUCCCUGUUUGACGUCCAGAUCGGCACCGACAACCCGGACCUGCGCGCCUUCCAGGCCGCCGGCGGCAAGCUGCUGUCGUGGCACGGCCUGGCCGAUCAGCUCGUGUUCCCCAACGGCACCCUCGACUACCUGCAGCGCACCAUCGACCUGCUCGAUGCGAACGCGGUGGACUCGUUUUACCGCGUGUUUGUCGCGCCCGGUGUGCAGCAUUGCGGCGGCGGACCGGGUGCCGCGCCUUCGGAUCCCUUGGCGUCGCUCGUGCAGUGGGUCGAGAACAACAAGGCACCGGACACCUUGCCAGCCAGGAAGGCGGCGGCUGCAGCUUCCAACAGCACCGUCGCCGCCAACAGCACCUCGGCUGCCAUCACCCGCAACCUGUGCCGGUACCCGCAGAUGAUGGUUUAUGGCGGCAGCGGCGACGGCAGCCAGGCCGACAACUGGAAGUGUGUCGCUGGGCCGAAUCAGCAAGUCAUUGCACAGAAGACGGCCUCCCAGACAACGCCGCUGCUGGCCGUAUCAAGCGGGGUCUCCAAUGCCGUGUCCUUGAAGGCAGGCGUGGCUUUCGUCAUCCUCGUGCAAGUACUGUCGGCUGUCUUGUAG